AUGGCAUAUUCAGCUGGCAUUACUCCAUACUAUAUAGCUAUUGGUGAUUUUAAUAACGACACCCUAUUGGACAUCGUCGUUACUAAUGUUGAUAACAACACUGUAAGUGUGCUUCUGGGAUAUGGCAAUGGCUCAUUUGCAAAUCGAGUAGCAUAUUCAACUGGCACUUAUCCAAACCGUGUAGUUGUGGCUGAUUUUAACAAUGACACCUGUUUAGAUAUCGUCGUCACUAAUAAUUAUGACAGCACGAUAAGUGUACUUCUCGGAUAUGGUAAUGGCGUUUUUGCAAUGCAAAAGACAUAUUUAACUGGCGACAGGCCAACUGGUUUAGCUGUUGGCGAUUUCAAUAACGACGCCCGACUAGAUAUUGUUGUAAGUAAUGGUGGACAUAAUACCAUAGGUAUAUUUCUCGGAUAUAGUAAUGGUUCUUUUACAAGUCAAAAGACAUAUCAAACCGGUGCUUAUCCAUACGCUUUAGCUGUUAGUGAUUUUAACAACGAUGCUCGCCCAGAUAUCGUCGUCACUAAUUUUAAUGAUCACACUGUUAGUAUUCUGCUCCGUUAUGACAGAGGAGCUAUGAAAAACGAAAUUACAUUUACGCCCAGUACUGGCGCCAAUUUGAGAAGCGUCGCCGUUUCUGAUUUCAAUAACGAUAGUCUAUUGGAUAUCGUCGUUGCUAAUUAUGGUAGUAACAACCUAGGUGUCAGUCUUGGAUAUGGAAAUGGCACAUUUGAAAAUGAAAUGAUACUCUCAACAGGAUUAGAAUCUCAUCCUUACUCAAUUGCAAUUAAUGACUUCAAUAAAGAUGGUCAAGUGGAUAUUGCAGUGGUCAAUCGUGGUACUAAAAGUCUUAGUACAUUUCUGGGAAAGGGAAACGGAACAUUUGAAAGUCAAGCAAAUUAUAGCACUAGUUUCAAUUUUCCUCCAUUGGCUGUUGGUCUUGGUGAUUUCAAUAGUGAUGGGCAUUCGGAAAUUGUUGUUGCAUAUGAUGAUACUGAUAAUUUGGAUGUGUUUGUUAUAUAUGACAUCGGAGAUUUUUCUCAUCGAACGACAUAUUCAACUGACCCUUGGCCAACCUUUGUAGCUUUUGGUGAUUUUAAUAACGAUACUCGACUGGAUAUCGUUCUCACAACUAGGUUUUACAAUAAUGUAAUUAUAUAUCUCGGAUAUGGUAAUGGCUCUUUUGCAAAUCGAAUGACAUAUUUAGUUGGUAAUGAUCCAUACUCUGUAGCUGUUGGUGAUUUUAAUAACGACGCCCGAUCAGAUAUCGUCGUCAGUAAUUAUUUGGACAACACUGUAAGUGUACUUCUUGGAUAUGGCAAUGGCUCGUUUGCAACACAAAAGACAUUUUCAGCUGGCUAUUAUCCAUAUUGUGUAGCGAUUGGUGAUUUUAAUAACGACAGUCGACUGGAUAUCGUUGUCGCUAAUCUUGGUAGCGAUUUCAUAAGUUUACUUCUAGGAUAUGGCAAUGGCUCUUUUGCAAGUCAAACGAACUAUUCAACUGACUCUCGGUCAUUCUCUGUAGCUGUUGGUGAUUUUAAUAAUGACACCCGACUGGAUAUCGUGGUCGCUAAUUUUGAUAGCAAUUCCAUAAGUUUACUUCUUGGAUAUGGUAAUGGCUCUUUUGCACGACAAGUGGAGUACUCCACUGGCACUGCACCAAUAUGUGUGGCUGUCGGUGAUGUUAACAACGACAGCCGACUGGAUAUCGUCGUCACUAAUCGUGAUGACAACAGUGUAAGUGUACUUCUCGGAUAUGGUGAUGGCUCUUUUGCAAAUCAGACGACAUAUUCAACCGGUAAUACGCCACUCAGAGUAGCAAUUGGUGAUUUAAAUAAUGAUACUCGACCGGAUAUUGUUACUAAUAAUCAUCGUGACAACACUGCAAGUGUGCUUCGAGGAUAUGGCAAUGGCUUUUUUGCAAAUCAAAUGACAUAUUCAAUUGGCACUACGCCAUCCGACAUAGCUCUUGGUGAUUUGAAUAACGACGGUCGACUGGAUAUUGUCUCCCCUAAUUACAGCGGCGGAAGUUCACAUGAAUCUUUUACAUAUGAUGGACACUGUGGUAUACCGGGUUUUAGUAAUGUGGCUAAAUAUUUUGCAGCAUUAUAA